UCCCAUAACAUGGGAGCUUUGGUACGUUGCAAUUUUAAUACAGUUCCUCAUUACCUGGACCUGAACGACUAUCAGCCAUUGCCGGAGUGCGUUGGGGAGAUUGCAAUUCAACAGACAUUUAAAUUCGGCUAUGAAGUUGUCCAAAAUGCCAUCUACGCCCUAUUGGGAAUGGGAGGAAAGUAUCUGAUGAAGCAUGCAAUAACGGGACGUUUAGGAUUCAAUCCGAGCAACAGUUCGCUCCUGAAGUGCACCCAAAAGAGCAUGUUGUUGCGUCUCGGCGAGGCUGGAUUCUUUCAUGAUCAGCUGCAGAAAUUCUCGAAAGUCACAACCGAAUCCAAUGCCUUGGGAUCCAUGAGUCAGGCCUUGGCAGCCAAGCUGAAACUGGAGCUGAACGAGUAUCGUGGUCAAGUGUCGCAGCUGCAGGAUGUACUUAAUAAACAUCGGGAGGCCCAAUUGCAGAUGUAUGUCGAUCGACAGCAAAACUGGAUCCACAGGAAGCUGGAGACGUUGACACUACUCAAGCUUAUCACCUGGUAUCUAAAGCCACUGUAUCGCUUGCAAUGGUUAACCAAGAUCGCGGAUGCCUGCCAAUUGAAGAAGGGCGGCGAAUUGGUAUCCGUCAUAUAUGACUUUUUAAGCACUGGUGAUCCCCAUCUCUAUGAUCUGGCCAGAGAUGUGUUAACCGUCUGCUGUACUCCCUUGGUGCGCAUGAUCUCAAAGUGGAUGCUCGAGGGGCACAUUAACGAUAAAUACAAUGAGUUCUUUAUCGAAUCCCUUCCAGAGGUCGGUGCAGAUCGACUCUGGCAUGAUAAGUUUCGCCUGCGGCUCAACAUGCUGCCCAAAUUCAUCUCCCUCGAGUUGGCUGACAAGAUUCUCAAGACGGGAAAGAGCAUCAACUUCCUGCGAGAAAUAUGCAAAAUUGACGAACCUGUCAAAGGUCGAGAGGAGCUCAAGGAUAUCAUUGACAAUCAUGUUUCCCAGAUCUUUUCCUUUGUGCCUGAUACCAGCUGGCAUUCGGCCAUCGAGACUUGUUACUCCCAAACGUCCAAGCAUGUACUGGACAUUAUGGUGGGACCACAUAAGCUGUUGGUUCAUCUGCAAGGAAUGCGAAACUAUCUUUUACUUGGCCAGGGCGACUUUGUCGGCAUCUUCAUCGAGAACAUCAAGGGCGAACUGGACAAACUGGGCACUGAUAUCUACAAUACUUAUGAUUUGUCCUCAAUGCUGGAUGCUGCACUGCGCUCCACAAACGCCCAGUACGAUGAUCCAGACAUACUCGAUCAUUUGGAUGUGGUCGUUAGGAGUCCCUAUCCCGGUGACUGUGGCUGGGAUGUCAUCUCAUUGCAGUACACACUGCAGGGACCAUUGGCCACCAUGCUGGAACCUGCCAUGCCCACGUACAAGACGCUUUUUAAGCCAUUGUGGCGCAUGAAGCACAUGGAAUUCGUGUUGUCCACAAAGAUAUGGAAGGAGCAAAUGUACAAUGCCAAGGCACUGCGCGAGUUGAGUAGUGAGAUUGGCCACGCCAACUACAAAUUGCAUUUCUUCACAUCGGAGCUUAUGCACUUUCUCCACGAAAUGCUGUAUUAUGUGCUCUUCGAAGUAAUUGAGUGCAGUUGGGUGGGAUUGCAGAAGCGCAUGUCUCAAGCCACUGAUCUGGAUGAAAUUCUAGAUGAGCAUUCAAAAUUUCUAGAAGCGAUUGGCGUUGGAUGUUUUGUUAAAACAUCGAAGGAAAGAGAAAGCCAUCUUGAAGUGCUAUAUGGCAGUAUUAUUAACCUAGUAAAGUUACAAACAGAAUUUUAUGAUAAUUGUUUUGAGGAGUUGAACGCCCGUAAGAAAAUGUCCAAGGCAAUUGCUGAUUCUGAACGUGCCGGACAUUUCGGCGUGACCACUGCGCAAAAGUUGGAACGGAACCAGAAGCGCAAGAUAUUCCUUCACAAAGUUUAUACCUUUUGUCACAAUCUUGAGGAAUAUUCCACGGCCUACGGCAAAGCAAUUGGCGUCUUCCUGCUGGAGCUCAACUCUAGCUCCAACCCGAAUCUUCAGCUGUUCGGCACGCGUCUGGACUUUAAUGAAUACUACAAGAAGCGGGACACAAACCUCAGCAAACCAUUAACCUUCGAGCAUAUGCGUCUGAGCAAUGUGAUGGGCACCUCCAAGGAUCCUACAGCAGGUACCAACAGUAUUCAUCCGAUUGAACCUGUUGCAGAGAAUGAUCAGGAUUCAGGUGAUUCCAAGCCAGUCACAUCUUAAUAACACUAGUCUUCACAUCGAAAAUUGGGCAAUUUGCAAUAUCUUAACACAAUAUUAUAAUUUUAGUUACUUACAUGCACAAAAAGAACAGAAAAGUUUAAUGCCAACUUAAUUGUUGUUCUUAUAAUUUAUUAUUUACUCAUAAGUGGACAGCGCAUAGCGUUGUUAAUGUUAAUGUAAUGUACACCAUCCAUCAAAGUCAUACAAUUUAACUAAAAAAAAUUCGAAUUAAAAAAAUUGUCAUGUAUUUUCAGAUAAAGAAAUCUAAUUUGUGAAUUCAAUCUCUUUUUGGAUUUGAAUUAAACGGCUGCUAAGUAGCUCCAACAUUAUAUAACAGAGCCUUAAAAGAACUAAACAGCUUAGCUACU